AUGUCUUCCGCAUUUGUCCAACGCCCAGCCCCAGACUUCAAGGCAACCACAGUCUUCCCUGGAGGCGAAUUCAAGGACAUCUCUCUGUCAGAUUACCUAGGACAAUGGGUCGUUCUCCUGUUCUACCCCAUGGACUUCACCUUUGUCUGCCCCACCGAGAUCAUCCAGUUUAACGACGCGCUGCCACGCUUCCGUGCCAUCAACACCACUGUGCUGGGUGUUUCCACCGAUUCACACUUUUCACACUUGGCUUGGACCGCACAGCCACGAAAGCAAGGCGGCCUCGGCUCUGACUUGCAGUUGCCGCUCGUGGCGGACAGGUCUCAAAAAAUCUCACGUAGCUACGGCGUACUUAUUGAAGAGGAGGGUGUUGCUCUGCGUGGUCUUUUCAUCAUUGAUCCGAAGGGCGUACUGAGGCAGAUCACGAUCAAUGAUCUCCCAGUUGGUCGUAACGUGGAGGAAACGAUCCGUCUUGUUGAAGCGUUCCAGUUCACGGAUCAAUACGGCGAAGUCUGCCCCGCAGGCUGGCAGAAUGGGAGCAAGGGCAUGAAGGCUGACCCUAAGGGUAGCUUGGAAUAUUUCUCUGCCCAGGAUGAGCAAAUGAAUGGCAUUGAGGAUUUCAAGAAGCGAGUGAGAGUUGACUAG